AUGGGCAGCAAAGUCGAUAUCGAGCAAGCACGGCAUCUUGUCAAUUCUCACCUUGACGAGGUGAGCGCGCAACUCCGCGAAGUCAACAGAGCAAUCCACGAUAACCCUGAACUCGCCUACAAAGAGUUCCAAGCACACGACACAAUCACCUCUUUCUUGGAGAAGCAGGGCUUUGAUGUAAAGCGAAAGACUUGGGGCCUCGAUACCAGCUUCGAGGCCACCAUUGGCUCUGGCGGACGUCAAGUUGUUGUGUGCUGCGAGUACGAUGCGUUGCCUGACAUUGGACACGGCUGCGGCCACAAUCUCAUUGCCACAUCAUCUAUAGCCGCAUUCCUUGGAGCUGCUCAUGCUUUAACCAAACUGGGCGUCCCAGGCAGGCUGAGAAUUCUCGGAACACCCGCCGAAGAGGGCGGUGGCGGCAAGGCGAAACUGAUUACCGCCGGUGCCUUCAACCCCCCCGAGGACGUUGCUGCAUCCAUCAUGGCUCAUCCCAUGUCUAUCCACCGCAUGAUUGGCUCGGAAGGCAGCCAAGUAUCUGGUGUUGCGGGAUUGGAUCUCAUCGCCAGCUUCAAGUUCCGCGUCGAGUUCCGCGGUGUAACAGCACAUGCGGCCGGCGAACCCUGGAAUGGCGUCAACGCUCUUGAUGCUGCCGUUGCCUCGUACAACAACGUGUCGCUUUUGCGCCAGCAGAUUCGCCCUGACGAGAGGAUCCACGGCGUGAUUGAAGUUGGCGGGACUGUGCCAAAUGUCAUCACCGAUUACACGCGCAUGAACUGGUAUGUCCGAGCCCCUACGACUAAGCGCGGAGCGCUUCUGGUAGAGCGAGUCAAGGCUUGCAUGGAGGCGGCUGCAGUGGCAACUGCUUGCAAGGUCAAUUAUAUUCCAACGGACACGUACGAGAGCGUCAUGUCCAAUCCCGUGCUUUGCAAGACAUACAUCGAGGAGAUGGCUGUACUUGGUGAAAAGGUUGAUAUGAAGCUCCUCGAGAGCUUCAACGCCUCAACCGACAUGGGCAAUGUCACUCAUGUGGUGCCUGGCAUCCACAGUGGAUUUGGCAUCCAGACAGCGCCGGGUGUCUCUCUGCAUAGCCGCGAGUUUGCCGCCGCUGCAGGAACAGAUGAUUCUCACGAGGUGGCAAUGAAGAGUGGAAAGGGCAUGGCGAUGCUGGCUAUAAAGGUUCUGGUUGAUGAUGCAAUUGCUGAAAAUGCAAGGGUAGAGUUUAACAAGCGAUACGAUUAA